AUGUGCAGUUCAGUUGCUCCCAGGCUGUGGUUCUUAACAGACCGUCGCAUCAGAGAAGACUACCCUCAGCAGGAGAUCCUGAGAGCGCUGAAGGCCAAGUGCUGUGAAGAGGAGCUAGAUUUCCGGGCCUUGGUGAUGGAUGAAGUGGUGCUGACCAUUGAGGAUGGAAAUCUUGGUCUCCGGGUGAAUGGGGAGCUCAUUACUGCUUACCCACAAGUGGUGGUUGUGCGUGUACCAACACCUUGGGUCCAGAGUGACAGCGAUAUCACAGUCCUUCGCCACCUAGAGAAGAUGGGCUGUCGAUUGAUGAAUCGUCCUCAAGCCAUCCUCAACUGUGUCAACAAGUUCUGGACGUUUCAAGAACUUGCUGGUCACGGCGUGCCUCUUCCAGACACUUUUUCAUAUGGUGGUCAUGAGAAUUUUGCCAAAAUGAUUGAUGAGGCGGAAGUGCUGGAGUUCCCUAUGGUGGUGAAGAACACGCGGGGUCACCGAGGUAAAGCUGUGUUCCUGGCACGAGACAAGCACCAUUUGGCAGACCUGAGCCAUUUGAUCCGUCAUGAUGCCCCUUACUUAUUUCAAAAAUACGUUAAAGAGUCUCAUGGCAAGGAUGUACGUGUCAUCGUAGUAGGAGGCCGUGUGGUGGGCACCAUGCUCCGCUGCUCAACAGAUGGGAGGAUGCAGAGUAACUGCUCUCUUGGUGGCGUAGGGAUGAUGUGCUCACUGAGUGAACAAGGCAAGCAGUUGGCAGUCCAAGUGUCAAACAUCCUGGGGAUGGACGUGUGCGGCAUUGACCUGCUGAUGAAGGACGACGGUUCAUUCUACGUCUGCGAGGCCAAUGCAAAUGUAGGUUUCAUUGCCUUUGACAAGGCUUGUAAUCUAGAUGUAGCUGGUAUCAUAGCGGACUAUGCCGCUUCUCUCCUUACCCCCGGUCGCUUGACGCGGCGCAUGUCCUUGCUCUCUGUGGUGUCCACGGCAAGCGAGACUAGCGAGCCAGAGCUGGGCCCUCCAGCUAGUGCCGCUGUCGACAAUAUGAGUGCUAGCUCCAGCUCUGUCGACAGCGACCCUGAGACCACGGAGAGAGAGUUGCUCACCAAGCUCCCGGGGGCUCUAUUCAACAUGAACCAGCUAUUAGCCAAUGAGAUCAAACUUCUUGUGGAGUGAUGCCACAUGUAAAUAGAUGACCAACAGAACUCUCUCUUGUAAAUUUUUUUUAAACCAACUUGCAAUGCUGUUUAUCAGAGAAGCUCAGAGGAAAGGGGGGGGUAUCAAUCAAGAGAGCAAGAGUAAAAGGCAUGCGUGCUGUGAUUGCUGCCCCUACUUUUUUGCAGAACAUAAAAUUGUGUUCAUUCUUCAGCAUCUUU